CUUCAACAUUUAUUGCAGACGCAACCACAUUGUCUGACAAUCUCAAAAGACACACAAUUACGACACCCGGAAGACCACAGCAGUAAUCAUGGCCACCAACGGCACCAAUGGCGUCUCCGACAUCAAAGGCACCUACGCCUUGUCGCAAGCACACGCCGACCUGAUGCAAAAAUCCCUGGUCGAAACGGACCCCGAAAUCGCAGAGAUUAUGAAGAAGGAGAUUAAGCGACAACGUGAAUCCAUCCUGCUCAUCGCCUCGGAGAACGUGACGUCCCGCGCCGUCUUUGACGCCCUCGGCUCGCCCAUGAGCAACAAGUACUCCGAAGGCUACCCCGGCGCCCGCUACUACGGUGGCAACGAGCACAUUGACGAGAUCGAGCUGACCUGCCAGGCGCGCGCGCUCGCUGCCUUUCGUCUCGACCCCGCCAAAUGGGGCGUCAAUGUGCAAUGUUUGUCUGGCUCUCCCGCCAAUCUUCAAGUCUACCAGGCCAUCAUGCGGCCUCAUGACCGCUUGAUGGGCCUCGACCUCCCCCAUGGUGGCCAUUUGAGCCACGGCUACCAGACUCCGUCCAAGAAGAUUAGCGCGGUGAGCACGUACUUUGAGACCUUCCCCUACCGUGUCAAUCUGGAGACCGGCAUCAUCGAUUACGAUCGCCUGGAGGAGAAUGCAUUGAUGUACCGCCCGAAAGUGAUUGUUGCCGGCACCAGCGCCUACUGCCGCACCAUCGACUACAAGCGUAUGAAGGAAAUCGUCGACAAGGUUGGCAGCGGCUGCUACCUCAUGGUCGACAUGGCCCACAUCUCCGGCCUGAUUGCCGCCGGCGUGAACGAUGACCCUUUCCAAUACGCCGACAUCGUCACCACCACGACGCACAAGAGUCUGCGUGGCCCUCGCGGCGCCAUGAUCUUCUUCCGCAAGGGCGUGCGCAAGACGGAGAUGAAGGCCGGCAAGGAGGUGCAAACGUUGUACGACCUCGAAGGCCCCAUCAACUUCUCCGUCUUCCCCGGUCACCAAGGCGGUCCUCACAACCACACCAUCACCGCUCUCGCAGUGGCGUUGAAGCAGGCGCAGACACAGGAAUUCAAGCAGUACCAGCAGCAAGUCAUCAAGAACGCCAAGCAGCUCGAGAAGUCCUUCACCUCGCGCGGCUACAAGCUCGUCACGGGCGGUACGGACAACCACAUGGUCCUGCUGGACCUCAAGCCGCAAGCCCUCGACGGCGCGCGCGUAGAGGCCGUGCUGGAGCAGGUCAACAUUGCCUGCAACAAGAACACCACGCCCGGCGACAAGUCCGCGCUGACGCCGCAGGGUAUCCGUAUCGGUGCUCCCGCCAUGACCAGCCGAGGCAUGGGCGAGCAGGACUUUGAUCGCAUUGUCGGCUACAUUGACCAGUGCAUCCAGCUCGCGCGCAAGAUUCAGGACGAGCUGCCCAAGGAUGCGAACAAGCAGAAGGACUUCAAGGCCAAGGUUGCCGGCGGUGGCGGCAUUCUGGAGAUUGAGUGGAUGAAGAAGGAGAUUGCUGCGUGGGCGGGUACCUUCCCCUUGCCUGUGUAGUCGUCGUGUUUGAGGUUGAACUUUUCGAGGAGGGGGAGUUUGGGCGGAGCAAAAAGUGCGUUUCAACAAACAGCGCCGGUGUUCUGGGCAGAGUCAGGAGCCGCGUCAACCACCGGUCUCGUAGCUAGGGGAUGUGAAUGCAAUCCUUAGCAAUGUGCGUGAUUUCGUUAUCGUAAGGGAACUACCAACAGUCAUACUCGUCAAACAUCAUGACUUCGUCCAACCACUACACCCCCCCCCCCAACCAACG